AUGCCUCCAAGAAAUAGAAUCCCCUUUGAGCACCGCGAGCGAAUUAUACGGUCAUUCGAAGAUGAAGAGGAAGAUUAUCUCCUGGUGGCGGACACAUUGGGGGUCAACCCUUCCACAGCCCGUGGUAUCGUUGCUAGAUACAUACGAGAAGGGAGAAUUGAAGAAAGACCACGAGGUGGAAGAAAUAACGCAAGAGUAGAUGACGAGAUGAUAGACUGCCUAAACGAUAUCAUCAACGACAACUGCCUUCUUACUCUCAGCCGUAUCAACCAAGAACUAAGAAGGCGACUGCCCUUGAAACCAAGGAUUUACGACCGCACGGUAGCGAGAACGCUAGAUGGCAUGUUGUUCCGUGUAAAGCUGGCAAGGCCCCUCCCAGCGGAAAGGAACAGACCUGACGUUCUACAGAAAAGAGUAGACUACGGCAACUGGUUCAUGAACCGUGGUGUCGUGCAUCAUUCGGUCUUUGUAGAUGAAUGCGGCUACAAUAUCUGGACCGCAAGAAGUCACGGGAGGGCGAGACAAGGAGAGCGAGCCUAUAGACAGGUCUGCGGGCAGCGUGGGAGGAACAUUACCGUAACAAUGGCAAUAUCACCAAUCAAUGGUCUUGUAUUCCACUCGGCAAUUAUUGGUUGCAUGAACGCACAGCAGUUCAGCGACUUUCUUUCUUAUGAUGGAGCGCCACCACAUCGCAACCCUGACAUACCCGGGCCCAAUACAGAGCUGAAAAUGCUACCACCCUACAGCCCCUUUUUGAACAUUGUGGAGCAGGCAAUAAGCGCUCUUAAAGCGGCUAUAAAAGCUGACAUCUCAAGGCCAGAAGUACAAGCCCAGAUGGGAGAUAGGGGUGCGGCUAGAGACCAAGGCCUUGCAUUGGGAGUUUUCCGUACGCGUUUGCUUUUGCAAGCUUUGCAGCGCAAUAUUGGUACUAUAACCCCUGCUAAAUGCGCUCAGUGGUACCGAUUCAUGCAAACAUAUUUACCACGAUGUCUGAAUGGCGAGGUGAUCGAUGGCUAA